AAUCUAUUGAUGGAUACUAGAUAACCGUAUCAUACUUAAUUUAUCUCUGUCAUAUAUUUAUUAGGAAUAAGAAUUAAAACAAACCGUCACUUCAACUACGUAUGUCGUGGUGGCGCGCAUAUUUUAAGUGUCCCACAAACGGUUAAAUGGAGCCAAACGGCGUAAAUGUGGUUGAAGAUGGUAGUCGAGUGAAUCCAGGGUUUAACCCAGAGCCGGAGAAUGGGGAUCUAUCUAAGAAAAAAGAUCUGACUACAGACUUCUUAGAAAGUCAAAUCACAGACGCAGCUAAACCGGCAACUGAAAAUGAAAGACAACAAUGGGAUAACCAGUACCAGUUCCUCAUGUCAUGUAUCGCCACUUCAGUCGGCCUCGGCAAUGUGUGGCGAUUCCCUUUCAUCGCCUACCAGAACGGAGGCGGCGCCUUCCUUAUACCGUACAUCAUCGUUCUUAUACUUAUAGGAAAACCUAUGUACUACCUAGAAACUUCCCUAGGACAGUUCAGUAGUAGUAAUUGUGUCAAAGUGUGGGCUCUGUCACCGGCUAUGAAAGGGACGGGCUACGCACAAGCUCUUAGUGCUCUCUAUGUAGUUUCCUACUAUAUGUCCAUCGUAGGACUGUGCUUAUAUUAUUUAGUGAUGAGUUUUCAAAGCACUCUGCCCUGGGCCCUUUGCCGACCCGAAUGGGAAAAUUGUGUGCCCUCUGGACAGACUGCAAACGACACGGAGUUGACAGGAGAGCCGGUAUCCAGCGCGGAAUUAUAUUUCACGAAAACUAUCCUGCGGCAGUCCGAUGGAAUUCACGAUGGCAUUGGUGCACCAAUAUGGGACUUAACGCUGAGCUUGUUCGUAUCCUGGUUAAUUAUCUUCCUGAUUGUUGCUCGAGGAGUCAAAAGUUCAGGAAAAGCGGCGUACUUCCUGGCUCUGUUCCCAUAUGUUGUGAUGUUCAUUUUACUGAUCAGAGCUGUCACUUUACCUGGUGCUGAAAUGGGAAUUCUAUUCUUCAUUACACCAAAAUGGGAGAAAAUCUUGGAAAUGAGGGUGUGGUACGCGGCUGUUACACAAGUAUUCUUCUCUCUGUCUGCUUGCUCAGGAGCUCUCAUCAUGUUCUCCUCUUUCAACAACUUUUCUCAAAACGUUUACAGAGAUUCGAUGAUUGUAACUACACUGGACACGUUCACAAGUUUAAUCUCCGGCAUAACAAUCUUCGGUAUCUUGGGAAAUCUUGCAUUCCAACUUGGCUACGACAAUAUCAAUGAUGUUAUUGGAUCUGGUGGCUCGAGUCUUGCUUUUAUCUCAUACCCAGAUGCUAUUGCACAGUCGCCGUUCGUACCGCAACUCUUUGCAGCACUGUUCUUCUUGAUGAUGGCUGUGCUCGGUGUGGGCUCAGGAGUAGCCCUUUUCUCAACAAUCAACACCAUUCUUAUCGAUGCUUUCCCAAAAGUGCCGAUCAUUUACAUGUCCGCUAUAAACUGUACAAUAUGCUUCUUAGUUGGGCUCGUUUAUGUUACACCGGGUGGACAGUACAUUUUGGAAUUAGUAGAUUACUACGGAGGAACUUUCAUGAGAUUAUUCGCUGCUAUCAUUGAAACGAUGGGUGUAUUCUGGAUUUAUGGUCUGGAAAACAUGUGUCUGGACAUUGAGUACAUGUUAGGAUUAAAGAGUUCAAUCUACUGGCGCGUGUGUUGGGGGAUCGUAACACCUAUUAUGAUGAUGGUUGUAUUUUUCUACUCCUUGAUCACAACAGAAGAAUUAUUGUUCGGCGGAACGUAUGAAUAUCCACAAGGAGCUUACAUUGCUGGAGCUAUUCUGCAAUACUUCGGAAUAGCACUGAUUCCCAUAUUCAUGUUAGCUACGCUGUGGAAAUAUAAAUCUGAUACUUUUGUUGAUACCGUGAAACGAUCAUUUAGAAAGAAGGCAACUUAUGGCCCCAGAAACCUUCAAAAACGCGAAGAGUGGAAGGAGUUCCGCCGCAACGCUAAGUAUGAAAGAGAACUGAAACGUAAGAAUUGGUUCCACCACAUAGGUUUAAGUUUGAUUGGUGGAUACCGAAGAGGACAAAAGUGAUUAUGUAAAUAUUUCAACUUGAAUAUUCUUUUACUCAACAUUAUUUAUUGUAUUCUAUGUGUAGGUACUGUAUCAUAUUACGUCUAAGUCUGUAAUAAAGCUAUUUUUAAAUCAAUAAUAAUAGUUUAACUCUA